AUGGAAAAAGAUUUUAAUUGGGUAUUGCGUACCGAUGAGUCCCUGUCAUGUCCUGAAGCGACAUCCAAAAAUGUGACCACCUUCUUCAAUGCUGGCGAAGCUCAACUCACCAUCAAAACAGCGGAAUCUUCUCACAGCGGUGUGUACAAUAUUACAGCCACCAACGCUGAUGGUGCCAGUACGGCAAACAUAACGCUUAUUGUGAAAUCCCCUCCGUCUGCACCUGAAGGUCCCAUCGAAGCGUUGAUCGUUGGCAACUCAUGUAAACUGUCAUGGAAACCUCCUAAAGAAGAUGGUCGUUCUCCUAUCCUUGGCUAUUACAUCGAAAAAUAUGACGAUAAGACCAAAAAAUGGACGUUUGGAGCUCGGUCGAAGAAUACCACUUGUACCAUAGACAACAUUGGUGAUGCCUCUUCACAUCGUUUCCGAGUGGCGGCCGAGAAUGCUGCCGGAACGGGGCUUUUCACUGAGUCUGAACCUGUUAGCCUUGAUGUUCUUCCGAAAAUCACUCGAGACACUUCGAAAUCCCAAUUUGUCUUCCCUGAGGGAAAAGAUGCAGUAAUCACUCUGUCGUUCUCAGGUCAACCAGUUCCGAGUGUUGAAUGGACUGAUAGUGCUGGCAAUUUAAUCAAGGCUUCGAAGAAGAUUGAGGUUCAAGAACGUCUCGAUUCUCCUGGAAGACCGAGUGUUCAGCAGAAAAGCGCUGAUUCGGUCGAGCUGGUUUGGAAAGAACCCAAAAGAAACGGUGGCUCACCGAUUCAACAUUAUACAGUGGAAAUGUGCACUGCAGCAACUAAAAAGUGGAAAAAGGUGGAAGCACCUCGCCAAUCCACAACUACACUUUUCAACCUCUUGCCUGGAGAAAUCUAUAUAUUCCGCGUAAAAGCGACAACAAAACUGGCAGAAUCAGAUUUCUCGGAAGAAUCUGAACCCUUCAGCUUUAAAGAGCUAGUACGUGAGGCAGACAAAGUCAAACAAAAGAUUGACGAUGAAAUUGUGACGGAACCUAUCGACUACGAGAAAGUCGACUCUACGAUUGAUCCACUGCAACAGAAGGAAAUCGAUGUCCACCGAUUGUCUAAUGAUUUGCUUGAUAAGUAUAUCAUAUGCGAGGAGCUUGGACAAGGUGCUUACGGCACUGUAUAUCGUGCCGUAGAAAGGGCUACCGGAAAGACCUUCGCAGCAAAAAUGGUUCAGGUACGUCCUGGAGUAAGGAAAGAAGAUGUCCUACACGAGAUCUCCAUCAUGAAUCAAUUACAUCAUGACAAAUUACUCAAUCUGCAUGAAGCCUUCGAUCUCGGUCAUGAGAUGUGUCUAAUUGAGGAAUUCGUAUCCGGUGGAGAACUGCUUGACAAAAUCAUCGAAAACGAUACGCUGAUGAGUGAAGAAGAAGCAAAAGACUAUAUGUAUCAAAUUCUUCAAGGUCUACAACAUAUGCACAAUAACCAAAUUGUGCACCUUGAUCUGAAGCCCGAAAACAUAUUGCUCAAAUCGAAGAAUGCGAGCGAUUUGAAAAUUGUUGACUUCGGACUAUCUCGGAAGCUCGACCCCAAAAAAACUGUCAAACUUCUUUUUGGAACACCAGAGUUUUGUGCUCCCGAAGUUGUCAAUUACGAACCAGUCAGUUUCAGCACUGAUAUGUGGAGCGUUGGAGUGAUUGCCUAUGUGCUUUUAUCUGGAUUAUCACCUUUCCUCGGAGAAACCGAUGAGGAAACGCUAGCCAAUGUAUCUGCAGCUGACUGGGACUUCGAUGACCCCGUGUUUGACGAUGUGUCUGAUGCCGCUAAAGAUUUCAUUUGUCGCCUAAUGUGUAAGGAUAAACGUCGACGCAUGACAGUCAAACAAGCUCUUCAACACCCAUGGAUUGCUAAAACGCCGAAGGCACCGAAAGUUCGCGGUCAAUUAACUCCACAGCAGAAGAAGAAAUUCAUGGCUCUAAAGAGAUGGUCCGACGAUCUUCUGCCAAUCGGUCGUUUGGCUAAUCGCGGUGCCAUCUUCAGGCAGUACUCUAUGGAUGGAGUGUUCGAAAGGGAUAUUAGCUUCGAUGAAGACUACCCUCCUCACGUGAAAAAACAACUCGAGGACAUCGUGGCUUAUGUGGGCGACCUGAUUGCAGUGCUCUCUUGCGAGAUGGACGGUUCUCCGCUUCCACGAAUAACGUGGUUCAAAGACGAGAAAGAAUUGACUGUACCAUCAAUUAAGUACGAUUCACAAUUUGAAGAUGGUUUGCUGGAGUUGACAGUCAAGAACAUCGAACUUCCUGAUGCUGGAGUGUAUCGUUGUCGUGCUACAAAUGAGCUUGGCUCAGUCUACACUGAAGCCAAGUUGGUCGUUGGAGUCAGAGAAACAAAAACAUCUCCAGCUGAAUUGAAGAGGAGGACUGAAAAGGUGACCGAAGAAGAACCUAAGCCAGCAGAUUCAAAACCAUCCUUCGAUCCUGGCUUGGUCGACAAAUCCGUUGCGUUAGGUGAUAGGGUAACCCUCUCUGUGACAAGCAUUGCUGCUGCUGAAGUGGAAUGGUUCCACAAUGAAAAACCUAUAAAGGAGACGGAUUCACGAUAUGUGCUGAAACACGACAAAAAUCGACAUGAGCUCCAAAUCGUCAGUGCCAAUUCAAGCGAUGAAGGUAAGUGGAAAGCGGUUGGUCGGAACAAAUUGGGAGAAUGUGAAAGUUCAUGCAAUGUGGUGGUAAAAGUUCCGGACGGCUUCAUGGCUCCUACAUUUGAAAAGGCUCUAGAAGAUGUGAGCUGCGAUGAAAUGGAAUUACUAAUGCUGCCCGUCAGAAUCUCGGCCAAUCCGCCUCCUGAAAUUACAUGGUACUGUGACGACAGAGAGCUUCAACAUUCGUUGAAUCACCGACUGCAAUUUGACGAUGAUACAAAAGAAUACUCCCUUACUAUUGUGAAAGCGUACACAGAGGAUAGUGGAGAGUACAAAUGUGUUGCGAGAAAUUUGAUCGGUAAGGCAGAAAGCGUGUGCCGCGUUCGCAUUGUGGAGCCGGAAGAGAAACGAAGCAAGAAAAUCGACGAUUCAAAAGCUCCUAAAUUCAGCAUGCAUUUGAUAAAUCCACGUGAAGUAUCAGAAGGAUCUGAAUUGAUUCUUGCAUGUGUCGUCACUGGUACUCCUCAUCCGAAGAUUACUUGGUUGAAGGAUGGUAAACGGUUAUUGAUGACCGAAAAGGAGGCAACAUACGAUAACGGUGUCUGCACACUCACGAUAGCUUCCACGAUUCUAACGGACAGUGGCAACUAUAUUUGUGAAGCAGAAAAUAUCCACGGCAAAGCACAAUCAGAAACUGUCGUAACCGUAGCUCCCUCGAUAGAGAAGGACCAAUCGGCUCCCAAGUUUAUCGAGCUUUUAAUGGAUCAAACUGUGCAAGAAACUGAUGAAAUCCUUCUUGAAUGCUGUUUCAAGGGCAAACCAACGCCUGCCAUAAAUUGGUACAAAGACGGGCAAAAGUUGGUUGUGGAAAACCGUAUGCUGCAGUACUCUGAUCGUAAAGGAGUAGCAAGACUUAAUAUCAUGAACAGUGUCCCUGGAGACUCCGGUGAAUACUCAUGUGAGGCCGUCAAUGCCUUAGGCAAGGACAUGACGGAAUGUCGUGUCAAAGUAACGGGCGUGAUUGAUGGAGCCAUAGAUCGCAGCCCUAGCCGCUCUUCUACUCGAUCAGUUGCGUAUUCUAGCGAUGACACCCGACCUCCGCUUAUAACUCGACCACUUGUUGACACCACAGUCCAGGCUGGAAAUCGAGAAUUGCUUGAGCUAGAAGUGGACGGUGUUCCGACGCCUGCGAUAGAGUGGUACCAUGACGGAAAGCUAGUGGCUGAAAAUCGAACUCUUCGAACAACAUUCGAUGGAAAAGUGGCGAUUCUCAAGAUAUACGAAGCCCAAGCCGAACACCAGGGACAGUAUACCUGCAAGGUUUCCAACAAACUUGGAGUCGUAGAGUCACGAGCUAUGCUAGUUGUUGAGCCGAAAACCACAAAUGAAGUCACUAACGUCCCUGUUUUCAUUAAGAGGAUCCAAAACGUGACAGUUAAAGAGCUCGGCAGUACCGUCUCGCUCAGUUGUCAAGCUCGUGGAGAUCAACCUCUGGAGAUAAGAUGGCUGUACAAUGGUCAUCUGAUUGACCUCGAGCCACACUACCGUAUCCGAUCUUUCGAUGACGGUAUCUCUACUCUUGAGAUUCAAGGAAUCACCGAAGAUAUCUGCGGAACAUACACUGUAACGGCAUCAAACCCACACGGUGAAGCUCAUUCUUCUGCAACGGUGCUAUUGGAUCAGAUUACUGACAAGACUGCUGAGCCAUCGCCACCAACCUUCAUCAUUGCACCUAAAUCCAAAGUUGUUGCCGAAGAACAAUCGUCUCUAACAAUUGUUUGCGAUAUUACUGGUUCAUCUUCGAUGCAAGUCUCCUGGCUUAAAAAUGGUCGUCCAAUCAGUGCUACUGAGAGAAUACGCAUGGAGCGUGACGGUUUAACAUCCAGACUUGUAAUAACAAGCCUUACUACUGAAGACGAGGGGAAGUAUACAAUUAUUGCCAAAGACGAAUUCGGAGAAGUUACAGCUGACAGCGAAGUAGUAAUUACUCCGGGUCGUGAGGUUGCUCCAACUGUUGUCAAGAUUGUCAAGGGACCACCUGACGUCAUCAAAGGCGAACCAAUUGUGGAAAACUGCACAAAGGAUUCUGUUUCAUUGAGUUGGGAACCGCCGGAAGACACUCAUGGAUCCCGCAUCGAACAUUACAAAGUGGAGCAGCGCUCUCCCGACCAACAGACCUGGACUGUAGUGGCGAUGGUAACCCGACCAAGGUGUACUAUCAAAGAUCUUCCAUCCAAUACAGAGUAUCUUUUCCGUAUUGCUGCAAGCAAUGCUGAAGGAUACGGUGAGAGUUGCACACCCGUAAAGAUAAAAACCCUCCCGGCCGGAACGAAGCCGCACUUCAUCGAGUUACCAGCUUCAUCGUUUUCUGUGAUAGAAGAUGGAGAGUUUUCAAUUCUGACGAAAUUCAGCGGCUCACCUACUUUAUCAGUAAAGUGGUACAAAAACGGAAAAGAAAUCGCGGGCCCAGACGCUAAUAUCAUCAUUGAUAAUGACUCGUCGAAGCUAACCAUAGCGCAUGCUCGUAGCGGUGUCGAUGAUGCUACUUACACAUGCCAAAUCGAAAACGAAAUGGGGCAAGCUUCGACAAACGUAGCAGUAAGCGUUGUUUCUACCAAGGACGAGGUUCAGGAUGUGGAUACCCGCAGCGACCGAAGUGACAAAGUCAGCCCCGGCGUUCCCUCUGUCGCCAAGCCGUUAAGCAACGAGACCGUGCAGUCAGGGCAACAGUUCAUUUUGAGCUGUAGGUUUGCGGGCAAGGAUGGCAUUGCGAAGUGGUACCACAAUGACGAAAAAGUAUCGUCUACGGGUCGCUAUGAGCUGUUUAGUUCUGCGAACGGUAUACAGAAGCUAGUUUGCCAUAACAGCUGCCUGACUGAUGCUGGACUGUACCGCUGUGUAUUGACGAGCGAAAAAGGAAUGGCACAAACUGAGUGUGAAGUAUUCGUUAAAGUUGCAGAAGACCAAGCACCUCCGUUGUUCGAGAAGGAACUGGAAGAUAUCACAACACUUACCGGCAAAAAGCUGGUAUUAAGCUGCCGUGCCACAGGUCAUCCCGAACCUGAUUUGGUCUGGACUAAAGACGGAGAGCGAGUAGCGACUAGCAGACGAGUGCGACUCGAAUUCGACGAUAAAGGACUAUCUGAGUUGCACAUACACGACUGUACUGCACAAGAUGCAGGAAUUUAUCUAUGUACUGCAACAAAUAUUUCUGGAGUGCAGUCCACGCAGUGCACGCUAACGGUUGCUGAGGUGUCCGGCAAGGAUGCUCACUUGGUUAUUGCUGAAGAAGAAAAAAUCGUAAAGCCUCGCUUUAUUAGAGCCCCACCUUCAAUCUUGGAGGCUCAAGAAGGAGGACAGUUCAAGCUUAUUGCGAAGGCUGUCGGUGAACCAAAGCCAACAUUGACAUGGAAGAAAGAUGGCAGAGAAGUGGUGCGUACGAACCGGCCCUACAGAACAUAUCUGACCGGUGACGGCGAAAGUCACCUAGUUGUGGAAUGUGUCGUUUCAAAGACAAGCGGCAUUUUCAGUUGCAUAGCCCAUAACAUUCAUGGAGAGGCUGAAACGGAAACCCAAGUUUUUGUCCAUCGUGGUAAGACUUCGCGUCCUGCUGCCGAAAAACCGGCCUUCUCAGAGCAUCUUAAAGAUACUGGAGUUGUUGCUGGACAUCCUGUAACACUGGGAUGUAAGGUACACGGCGUUCCUGAACCUGAGCUGAAAUGGUAUUACAUUGACGAUGCCGGCAACAUCACCUGCUUAACGGAUGAUGAACAUGGUUGGAUCGAAUGCAGAGGAGGAGAGGUGGCAGAACUCAAAGCUGAUUGCGUGCUGAGGAGUCAACAGGGCACGUACAAGUGUGUUGCAAGCAAUGAGCACGGUCAAGCCAGUUCAAUGUGCUAUCUUCUCAUUGGAGACCUGAAAGACGAGCGUGCCGGACCACCGCGUUUUCUUCGAUGUCUUCGGGAUAUUUGGACUCCUCUCGGAGAAGAGGUUGCGUUCGAAGUUGAGGUGGCAGGCUAUCCUGCACCAGAUUUAACGUGGUACCACCAAGAUAAGAAGAUUGUUGAAGGAAAAACGGUCAAGAUCACCUAUCUAUCGGAGUCAGUCUGCGAAUUGCGAGUGUCACAAGUAUCCUUGAGGGAUCUUGGGAAUUAUGCCGUGGAAGCAUCAAAUGUUCAUGGCGUAGUGCGUACCGUUUCAUCGUUGAACGUUGGUGAGCCUCGCCAUGCUGAACCGCCGCAGUUCCAGCAAGUUGAUGCGCCUGGAAUUGCAGUGAAGCCGAAAGUCGCUUUUCGUGAAGAAGUGAAGAGGUCCGCUUCAACUGUUCGUAAAGAAUUGCGAAGGAAGGGCGCUGCACCUGUUUUCAUAAAAGGUUUGGAAGAUAUGGAGUUAGAAGCGGGCGCGUCAGCUGCAGUUGCUGGAAAACUGAAAGGAAAGCACCGUCAUCGGCAUAGUGAUCAGAAAGGUGCCAAGUCGGGGCGCAUGGAUGCACGUGGUCUUGCUGCCAGCAUAGUGGCUGGAUUGAAAAUCGACGAUGAGUCACGAAGGCAAAGUACCGAUGAACAGAAUAAAGGCAAUUUGGCCAUGGAAGAGAUUCGCAACACAAUUCAAGCCAGAAAUCAGCACAUGUGCAGACCGAAGUUUAUAGUGAAACCAAGACCAAAAAAGGUGCUGGAAGAAUUCAAAUCUCUUCGCUUAAAGACAGCUAUUUCUGCCAAUCCGACACCUGUUGUUCAUUGGGAUCGUGAAGGUGUUAUGCUGGAAACUGGCAACAAAUACUCUAUUUAUAAUGAUGGAGACUUCUAUUACCUAGAGGUUCAUCAAGUCUCUAUAUUCGAUCAGGGAUUUUACAACUGCACUGCUACCAAUAGUGAAGGAAUCACAACCUGCUCUUCAGAAGUGGAGGUGGUGAAAGCCGCUGAGGAUUCGUCUGUACAGCAGGAAAAACGCAAGCCGAAGAAGGAGAUGAAAGCACCGGAUUUCAUCGAAGUACUGCCAGGGAAACUAACAGCCACCGCCUGUGAGCCGCUGUCAAUCGAGUGCUCCCUUUCGGGAUAUCCAGCUCCGGCUAUACGGUGGUUGCGCAAUGGCAAUCCACUACUCCCACAAACUGAGAGAUAUGUGAUGUCGUAUGAUGGCGAGUGUGCUACACUCAAGUUCGCGUUCGUGUCGGUCGCGGACGAAGGAGUUUACACUUGUGAAGCUAGGAAUGAGUGUGGAGAGACAAGAGCACAGGUCUGUCUUGAAGUGGACCCUGGAGAUUCAUUAUUAGCCGACGGCAUUCCACCUUUAUUCAGAACGGAGAAGGUUCGGACAGUAAUGAAGGCAAAUGAUGGAGAACGUGUCGAACUAGUUGCUGAACUAGUACAAGGCUCUGAACCUAUUCAAAUCCGUUGGAUUCGUAACCGAGUGGUUAUUACGGAUUCAGAAUCUUUCCAAUACGUAAGAAAUGGUAGGGAUGUUCGUCUGGUGAUUGCCGACGCCUUCCCCGAAGACGGAGGAGAAUACGCCGUAGAGGCUCGAAAUCAGUUUGGAACAGCUCGCUGUAUUAUGAGGCUCGACAUUCACAGUCAUGAAAGAUCUCUUGUCGAAGAUCCUCCACGCAUCACUGAUGCGACAGCGAUUGUUAGAGUUGCACCUGGUGACAGCGCCGAACUCUUUGCUCGUGUCAGUGGCCAUCCCGAUCCAGUUGUUGCAUGGGCAAAAGGAGCAGAAGCAAUUACAAACUCAGUGAAAUAUACUCUAACAAAUGAUGGCGAUAUGUUUUCGCUCCACGUGAAUGACGCAGUGCGAACGGAUGCUGGCAAGUAUUCUCUGACUGCAGUGAAUGUCGCCGGUGAAGCCACUGCGACUAUUGAACUAGUUGUGACAGAGCCCACAGGCUCAUCUGCUAUGCGGCCACGUUUCACCCACGCUCCAGUCUCGGUUCAAUCCCGUCUUGGACAACGGGUGGAACUGUUGGCUCGUUUCACUGGCCAACCCCAAGCCGUCUGCCGAUGGUUCAAAGGAGACAUUGGAUUAGAAGAUGGUGUCGGCGGUUACACUAUCGUCGAUGGCGCAGACAGUUCAACGUUAUCCAUAUUGUUCCUGGAAAACGAACAUGUCGGAGAAUACCUUUGCACAGUACGAAAUCCAUACGGUGAAGAUCUCGCCAACGCAAUGAUUUUGAUUGAAGGUGUGUUCGAGAUUUUUUCUCAGUGA